AUGGCGGCGCUCCACGACUUUGGCCGGCCGGGAACGUAUAAAAGAACCGCAGCGGCGCAUGGUACGUCAGUGUGACAGCAACCAACAAACAGAGAAGAGGCAGAAAGUUACAGGACUGGGUGCGGCCUGCGUUCGGAUUUUGCUACUCUACAGAGCGGUAUUAUUUCAGCUGGGUGAAGGCAACCUCCUCUGAUGGUCAGAAUGAAGCUGCUAGCGGUUGUAUUGCUGGUCAUGGCCAGCACUUAUGCUGACGAUGAUGACAAGAGAGAAGAAGUUGGCACAGUCGUCGGAAUUGAUCUGGGAACCACUUAUUCAUGUGUUGGAGUGUUCAAGAAUGGCCGUGUGGAGAUCAUCGCCAACGACCAGGGUAACCGAAUCACCCCAUCCUAUGUGGCCUUCACUCCAGAAGGUGAACGAUUGAUUGGAGAUGCUGCCAAGAAUCAGUUGACCUCCAACCCUGAGAACACUGUCUUCGAUGCUAAGCGUCUCAUUGGUCGCACAUGGAAUGACCCAUCGGUUCAGCAGGACAUCAAAUAUCUGCCCUUCAAGGUUUUGGACAGGAAAACCAAGCCCUACAUUGAUGUAGAUGUUGGAGAGCAAAGAAAGUCCUUUGCCCCUGAGGAAAUCUCUGCCAUGGUGCUGACCAAAAUGAAGGAAACUGCUGAAGCUUACCUCGGCAAAAAGGUUACCCAUGCUGUAGUCACUGUGCCUGCCUAUUUCAAUGAUGCUCAGCGUCAGGCCACAAAAGAUGCUGGUACCAUUGCAGGGUUGAACGUGAUGAGGAUUAUCAAUGAGCCUACUGCUGCUGCCAUCGCAUAUGGCCUUGACAAGAAGGAAGGGGAAAAGAACAUCCUUGUGUUUGAUCUUGGUGGUGGUACCUUCGAUGUGUCCUUGCUUACCAUCGACAAUGGUGUCUUUGAAGUAGUUGCUACCAAUGGUGACACCCAUCUGGGAGGAGAAGACUUUGACCAGCGUGUCAUGGAGCAUUUCAUUAAGCUUUACAAGAAGAAAACUGGCAAAGAUGUCCGCAAGGAUAACAGGGCAGUACAGAAGUUGCGUCGUGAAGUAGAGAAAGCUAAGAGAGCCCUGUCUGCUCAACAUCAGUCCAGAAUUGAGAUUGAAUCUUUCUUUGAGGGAGAAGACUUCUCUGAAACUCUAACCCGUGCCAAGUUUGAGGAGCUUAACAUGGACCUUUUCCGCUCCACAAUGAAACCAGUCCAGAAAGUACUUGAAGAUGCUGAUCUUAAGAAGUCUGAUAUUGAUGAAAUUGUGCUGGUUGGAGGAUCCACACGUAUUCCUAAAAUCCAGCAGCUGGUAAAAGAAUUCUUCAAUGGCAAAGAACCAUCCCGUGGUAUUAACCCUGAUGAGGCUGUGGCUUAUGGUGCUGCUGUACAGGCUGGAGUAUUGUCUGGAGACCAGGACACUGGUGACUUGGUCUUGCUUGAUGUGUGUCCUCUGACUCUUGGAAUUGAAACUGUUGGUGGCGUCAUGACUAAACUGAUACCCAGAAAUACUGUUGUGCCUACAAAGAAGUCCCAGAUAUUCUCCACAGCCUCUGAUAACCAACCUACUGUCACCAUCAAGGUUUAUGAAGGUGAACGUCCAUUGACUAAGGAUAACCAUCUUCUUGGCACAUUCGACCUUACUGGCAUUCCUCCAGCUCCUCGUGGUGUUCCUCAGAUCGAAGUUACAUUUGAAAUUGAUGUAAACGGCAUUUUGAGAGUUACAGCAGAAGACAAAGGUACAGGCAACAAAAAUAAGAUCACCAUUACAAACGACCAAAACCGGUUAACGCCAGAGGAGAUCGAAAGGAUGGUCACCGAUGCUGAGAAAUUUGCUGAAGAGGACAAGAGGCUCAAAGAACGCAUCGACUCUCGAAACGAGCUUGAAAGCUAUGCCUAUUCCCUGAAAAACCAGAUAGGUGAUAAGGAGAAGCUUGGUGGCAAGCUGUCCUCUGAAGACAAGGAAACCAUCGAAAAGGCGGUAGAAGAAAAGAUUGAAUGGUUGGAAAGUCAUCAAGAUUCAGAUAUUGAAGAGUUUAAAGCUAAAAAGAAGGAAUUGGAAGACAUUGUCCAACCAAUUGUUGGCAAACUAUAUGGUGGGGCAGGAGCACCUCCCCCUGAAGGAGAAGAGGCUGAGAAGGAUGAGUUAUAGGUUUGAAAGUUGUCUUUGGCUGCUAAAUUGCUGUAAAUACAGGACUUGAACUUUCUGUUGAGAGAAUAUUUGAACGCAGAAAACUUUAACGUUCUUGUGGAUUCUUCACUUCCCAGUGGAGACAAUAAGCCAUUAUGGCUGUUUACUGCUUUUCAUUAGCAGUUGUUCACGUGGAUCAUUUUUGUUCAGUUUCUUCCCCAGGGGGUGGGAGGGUGGGCUCUGGUAUUUUGGGAGGGUAAGGUGCAGUUUAAAAGUUGCUCAGAUGUUUUAUUUAUUUGAAGAAAAAAAGGUCAUGUGCAUUCUAUGUAGAACUUUUUUCUACCAUCAUUGACCACAAUAAAUGUUUGAUAAAUAACCUA